AUGAAAAAUCGUACCUUUCCUUUUUUGAACGAAAUAUGGCUUCCAAAGAAUGAAGAACCAAUUAAAUACAAUGAGGCAUCUCCACAAGCCGUAGAUCCUCAUGCGGCAGCACAAACGUCAGAGUCACAGCAAGAGCCUGGCUAUGAAAUGCAAGAGGCUCCCGCUGAAGAAAUAGAACGUCAGAAAGAAAAUGUGAAGGAAAUUAACAAGAUCGAAAAAAAAUAUGACGCAACUGAUGAGGACAACAAAAAAAUGGAGGAAAAAAUGGAAAAGGCUCCUGGUAAUACAUUGGAUGCUUCUGGUAAUGUUCAUGCAAACGUAAAAGAUGCAACUGAUCAUCACAAAGAGCCAUUCGUGUUACCUGAUCAUAACAACCCUCAUGCAAAAAUGUGGUCCAAUAAUCCUAAUGAUAACUUUGCCGAUCAAUGGAAGCCUACAGCUUUGCCCAAGGAAGAGCAAGUUGGAAAUGCAAAUGCUCCAAAUCCACAAGACCAUUUGGAACACCGUCAGCAAGCUAAUCAUCGACCACUUGGUGAGCAACCCAUCGAAUUUAAUAAUACCUUCGAAUCAACUAUGACCGAAUUGAGAAAUAUCUUUAAUACUACUGAUGAGGGAGCUCCAAUUAACGAAGACCACAAAUCGAAACUGAAUAAUCCUACACCAUUGAUGCCCGUCCAACCCGACGAAUUAAUCAAAAAUUUACAGAUCAAAGCAAUUAAAUAUAUCUUGGUGGCAUGCUGUAUCUGUUAUGCUUUUGGAAAAUUUAAUUUCGGGUAUAUAUCUGGAUUAUGCAUGAUCGGUAUAUGCUCAUGGGCAUACUGGAACUUGGGUAGAAUUACCUCUAGAGGUCUCGAGUGGCAGUUGGAAAAGCAAGAGAGUAUGAAGACUUUAUACACUUCAGAGGGUGAGUCUGUAGAAUGGCUCAACUUUAUGGUCGAAAAGAUCUGGCGUAGUGUCGAUCCUGAAUUCUUUGCUAUUAUCGAAGAUCUUUUGGAGGAUACUAUUCAAAGUGUCGCACCAAGCUUUAUUAAAGCCGUAAAAGUAUCUGACUUUGACAUUGGAGUGCAAGCACCCCGCAUUCAAAUGAUUCGCGUAUUUCCACCAUUGCCAGGCCAACCCGAAGAAAGUAUUUUUGGUGAAGCAUCGUUCAGUUUUCACGCACAUCCUGUCGCUUCUUUGGUCACCAACCGUAGCCCUAGAUCAACUCCGCCCGGUUUAGCUAUCCGCUUUCAGACAGCAAUCAAUGCACCUUUGGAAGUCAAGGCAGAACUAACAGCACUCUCAGGCAAAGUACGCUUCAAGAUUCUAACGUCUCCCGAGUUACCAUUUAUUUCCAAAGCAACAAUCGCCUUUACAAGCGUUCCAAAGAUCGAAACCGGUGUCAUGCCUUUAUCCAAGCACUUGAAUAUUAUGAAUCUUCCUACCAUCAAAACAUUAGUCAAUGAGGGUGUCAAGCUUGGUUUCGCUGAUUUGGUAGAUCCUAAGAGUAUGACAAUUGAUAUUAAGGCUUUAAUGGGUGCCUUUGAUCAAGAUACCAAUGCUAUCGGUGUUGUCAAAGUAGAAGUUAGAGGUGCAACCAGAGAUAGCUCUAUCAAAUUACAAGAUAUGGAAGACUCAUAUGCCACAUUGUCAUUGAGCACUCAACCCAAAAAGAGUUCUUCGAGUACCCGCGUCUUGACCAACGACAAGGAUCCUGAAUGGGAUGAAAAUCUUUAUGUUUUAGUCUACAAAGACGAUAUUGUUUCCGAAACCAAGGUAGAUGUCAAGGUAUGGGAUGCCGAUAAGGUCAAGUUUGAUGAUAUGUGGGGAUCCAUUUCAAUGUCCGUCAGAGAUAUUGUUGAAGGAAAGUUAGAUAAGCUUGGUAAUGUAUCCAGUUGGUGCCAACAAGAGAGAGUUGUUUUCGACGGCUGGACUCCCAUUGAUGGUAAAAGUGAAGACAAAAGCAAAGUCAGGCUGAAUAUGAAGAUGAGUUUCCAUCCCAAAUAUCCCACGCCCAAUAUGGAUAUCUUUAGCGGUGAUGCCAUCAACCAAAAGACCAAAUCUGACAAGGGUAAAGAAAAGAUUCGCAAACAACACAGUGAAUUUUUGGAUGUUCCUGUUGCACCCGAACAUAAUAAUGGUAUCAUUUCUGUUACCAUCCACCAAGCAGUCGAUCUUGAAAUUGGAGAUCCUCAAGUCUUGCCUACCGAUGAAAAGUUUAGACAUCCCUAUAGUCCCGACAAAGUCGUCAGCCCUUAUGCUGUACUCUAUAUUAAUGAUAACAAGGUCUAUCAAACCCGUACAAAAUUGAGAAAUCCUAGUCCCCAUUGGAACGCAAUCACUGAGCAUUUUGUCAAAGAUAUCGAUAGCGUUGUGCUUCGUUUAUCUAUCAAGACAUCCGUAGAUUUGGAACGUGAUCCCGUCUUGGGUACUAAAACUUUACAUUUGAAGGAACUUUUCGAGGAUCAAGAUAGCAAGUUUAAAGAGUUCCAGAAAUGGAUUCCACUCGCUAAUGGUAUUGGUUUUGGUAAAUUUUUACUGACAGUCAAAUACAAACCUGUCAAGUUGACAUUACCUCGCGAAUUACAAGGAUCAGAUGUCGGCACACUCGUUAUCGAAAGACUUAGUCUUACCAACUUGAAGGAACCUUUUAGUGAUAAUUAUAUUAAUUCUACAAAAGCCACCUUGGCUUUGAACGUCGACCCUGUUAUUCUCAAGCGUCUCAAGGCGAAGGAUAUCUCUCAGCAACGUUCGUUGGAAGAAAGAAUAGCCCAGCAAGAAGGCAAUGUUACUGCACACCCAAAGACAGGACCUUAUGGCUGGUACGAACAACAUCUCUAUUUCCCAUUAACGAUGCGUUAUCGUACUGCUAUAUACGUCCAUAUCAAUCAAGGUACACUCACCUCUACAAAAUCAACAGGCCGUUUCUGGUUGAAGCAUAUUUUGGAUAACGAAUGGCAAGAUGUGGUUGUCGGCUUGCAUGAGCAUAUGAGUGAGAAAAGCAAGGACGCUAACCGUAACGAAAACCCAUGGCCUAUCGAAGGGCCAUAUGGCCAAGUCGUCUUACGUAUGAAAAUAGUACCCGGAUUCUCUCCAGUGCAUACGCAUUUGAAAUCGUAUAAUCAAGAUAUGGUCGGUGCGGACCCUUUCUACGAUGAUGCGCUUAAAAUCAAAGCACAGAAAUGGAUCAAAGAACAAAGCAAUAGCGAUGGCGAUGGCGAUUCUUCUGGCAAACAAAGCGAAGGAUUCGAUUACAAUCUCCAGGCUGCUGUCGAUGAAGAAAGAAGCAAGAUGUAUGACAGUGAAGGCGAAGAAUUGCAUGAGAGAAGAAAAUCUAGCUUAUCUUCUGAAUACGGGGACGGUAUGGAUGAUACAGAAAUCGAAGCUGAUAUGAUGAACCAAUCAAAGGAUCAUAAGAUUAGUAAACAUCGUGCUGUUCGUAAGUUUUCCAUGGGUGUUGACAAAGUCAAACAAAAGGUUGAAGUGAUGAGAGAAGGGUUUAAUUCAGAUACCAGGGCCGGUCGUUCUGUUACCAAAGAAGUGUAG